UCUUUUACAUUCUUUUUGAAAUCAAUCAAAGCCCCCAACAAAUUAUUUCCAAAAUUUAACAAUUUACAAACUUACUUUUUAUCUUCACUCUGCCACCACCAAACAACCUCACAAACACAAUUAUCACAAUCACCACCAAAAGCUAAAAAAACUCCACAUAAAAUCACUAUUCAUGGGCUUUCUUUAGAAGACCCAUAUCAUUGGAUGUCAAAUACCCAUGACCCGGAUUUCAUUAACUACAUUACCCAUGAAAAUAAUUACUCAAAAGAUUUCAUGGCUGAUACACACAAACUACAGAGUACUCUGUAUUCUGAGAUGGUUAAUAGAUUGCCUGAUAAAAUUUCUACCCCACCUGAAAAAUGGGGUCCCUGGUUGUAUUAUCAGCAUAUACCGGAGAGCAAAGAAUACCCUGUUUUAUGUCGGAAACCAGCAGUUGAAAGUACAAGUUGGGUGAAACAUUUGGUCAAUUUUGCAAGAAGAUCUGUUAAUGAAGAAAUAUUGCUUGAUUGGAAUGAAAUUGCACAAGAAUCUGGGUAUGUUCACGUGGGUACAUGUAGAGUAUCACCCGACCACAACUUUCUUGCUUACACUGUUGAUGUGACUGGUGAGGAACGCUUUAUUCUUCAAGUUAAGGAUCUUCGACAUGGGAGCGUUAUUCAAUCAUCUAGAGUUGAAGACGUUGUUAGCUUGGCUUGGGCUCAAGAUAGUUGUACAUUAUUUUAUACCCUUUGUGAUCAGGGCCAACGACCAUAUAGAGUACAAUACAAGAAACUUGGAUCUGAUCCUGUUAGUGAUGUCACAGUAUAUACAGAAAAGGAUUCUAGCUUUUGUGUGGACAUCACGAGCACAAAGGAUGGAAAAUUCAUAACGGUGAAUUCGAACUCGAGGACUUCAUCUGAGGUGUAUAUAAUAGAUGCAGAUAACCCAAAAGAUAGUUUGCAAAAAGUUCAUGAUCGUGUUUCUGGUGUACAAUUCUUCUUGGAACACCAUAGAGGAUUCUUCUAUGUGUUAACAAAUGCAUCUCUGUGUGAUGAAAAGAAGUUAUCAGAUGGAAACUAUUACUUGGCUCGAUGCCGUGUACAGGAUGUACAUUCAAUUAAUUGGCAGAAAAUAGUUGUACCAUCUAAAGGUACUAGCAUACAAGACAUGGACAUUUUCAAUGAGCAUCUUGUGCUUCACCUCAAUGGAAAGGAUUCCUUAAUAAUUUGUUCCAUCAAAAUGCCCAUUCAAUCGGACAAUCAGAAAGAAAUGGAGAUUGGGGACCUUGAUCCAUGGUAUUUUCCUAUACCAUCAAAAUCAUGUAGUGUUGUACCUGGCUCAAAUUAUGACUUCAUGAACUCAGUAUAUCGUUUGGUGCUUUCAUCUCCGGUGACUCCUGAUUUAUUUGUUGACUAUGACUUGUCGAGAAGAACAUUCUCCAUUGUGCAUCAAGAAGAGGUAUUGGGGAUUUCUUCCAAAUCCCACAAGAGUGAAGUGCACGAAUGGAUGAACAUAUCAGAUUCAUAUUUUUGUGAAAGAAAAGAAGUCAUUUCUCAUGAUGGCACGAUAAUUCCUCUAACAAUCCUGUUUUCCUGCAAAGCUCAUAAUAUGGGCCAAUCUUCUGGGGUACUACAUGGCUAUGGAUCAUAUGGUGACGUUUUGGACAAAAGUUGGUGUGCUGAGCGACUGAGCUUACUUGAUCGUGGUUGGGUGGUUGCUUUUGCCGAUGUCAGAGGCGGUGCUGGUGUUGAUCCGUCAUGGCAUAAAAACGGCAGUGGAUUGCACAAGUUGAACUCCAUAAAUGAUUUCAUUUCAUGUGGCGAAUAUCUAAUAAACGAGGGAUAUGUCUGCAGAGGCCAACUUGCUGCUAUUGGACAUAGUGCUGGAGGUCUUCUUGUUGCUGCAGCCAUUAAUAUGCAUCCAGAGUUAUUCAGAGCUGCCAUUCUAAAGGUACCGUUUCUUGACAUCUGCAAUACAUUGUUGGAUCCAAGCUUGCCGUUAACAGUCUUAGAUUAUGAAGAAUAUGGAAAUCCUCAAAUAAAACCACAUUUUGAUUCUAUUAUGAAGUAUUCUCCUUAUGAUAAUAUACGUAAGCAAAUUUGUUACCCUGCAAUGCUCAUCACAUCGUCUUUUCAUGACUCAAGAGUUGGAGUAUGGGAAGCUGCCAAAUACGUUUCGAGAAUACGAGAAAACACAUGUUUGAGUUGUUCUCGUUUAGUUAUUCUAAAGACCAAUAUGAGUGGGGGCCAUUUUGGUGAAGGCGGGCGCACUGGACAGUGUGAAGAACUGGCUUAUGAAUAUGCAUUUCUGAUGAAGGUUAUGGGCCAUGUGAAAAUAGAUUCAAAGUGAUAAAGCCAUAUAGGACAUGUUAUAUUUUUUUUGCUACAAGAAAUUAUGUAGUAUCUUGCUAGUCAAAAUUCUUUUCUAGAUUCAGAGGAAAAUAGAACUGUUGAUAAAUUUUUAACCAUCUACUUGCUAGUUAUUCAGCUUA